AUGGCACAAUAUAAUUUGGAAGGAUGCCAAUCGAUGGAUCUUGCAAAGCACCCUUCAGGCAUUGGUCUCAUCCUUCAGAAUAUUGUAUCAACAGUCAACCUGGGUUGUAAGCUGGACUUGAAGAUGAUAGCUCUACGAGCCCGUAAUGCAGAGUAUAACCCUAAGCGAUUUGCUGCUGUUAUCAUGAGAAUAAGAGAGCCGAAAACAACAGCACUGAUAUUUGCUUCUGGUAAAUUGGUUUGUACCGGAGCUAAGAGUGAAGAGCAAUCAAAACUAGCUGCAAGAAAGUAUGCUCGCAUUGUUCAGAAGAUUGGCUUUCAAGCACAGUUCAUGGACUUUAAAGUUCAGAAUGUUGUUGCCUCGUCUGAUGUCAAAUUUCCAAUAAGGCUAGAACGUCUUUCAUUGCAUCAUGAUGCAUUCUGCACUUUUGAACCAGAGAUCUUUCCGGGCCUGAUCUACCGAAUGAAGGACCCAAAGAUUGUACUUCUCAUUUUCGCGUCGGGAAAGAUAGUUCUCACAGGAGCCAAGUCAAGGGAUCAAUUAUACAGAGCUUUUGAGCAGAUAUAUCCGGUGGUCGUGGAAUACAGAGUCCCACAAAUAGGCAACGAAGACAAGGACUCUACAGAUCGAGUGCCACGGUUGUUGGCUUGACCCGGUUGUUUCUGGCUUUUUAUCAUGCUAAGAGCUGACUGAUUUCUGCCUACUGCCAUUUUAUCAAGGGGAUUGUGAAUAUGUUGGAAGAAGAUUACUGGGUGCAGAAUUUAAUUGAUCAUCAAUCAUACGAUUUCUUCAAGAUUUCACUACAGCUUUUGGUUCUUUUUUUCUUUUUUAGUAUGCUGUACAUACCACUGGGUUAGUGGAGUAAUUUUUUUUAUUGGUACCCUCAAAUGAGAAUGCUUAGUGGCAUUUGCCAGUAUUAAGGGUAUUUCUUGAGGAUGCCAUGGCCCCUAGUAUUUGGUGUUUAUCCCUUUUUAAAAAAGAGAGGCUUUUCCUACCCAAAAAGAAAAAAGAAGAAAAAAAAAAAGGGGGGGCGUUUAAGCGGCUGAUCCAAAUGUCUAAAAGACGAACUUGAGCGGAGCCAAGCUUUGAGCCGUAUAAUAUGGGACCGAUCGAGCCUGAGCUAAG